AUGAGUGCAACGACCACCAAUGCUCCUCAUCCUGAUAUUAAAAACAGAGACUUGUUGGCCGUCCGUGCGUGGGUAACCGGGAAUGACGUCCACCAAUACGAUGAUGUCCACCAAUCGACAGUCCUUUUGGAUUUGACGCAUUCCAACUUGCAACAACGUCACAUUGAAAUUCGGUUUGACAAGCACGACACUCUCGAACACUUGAGAAACAAAAUUCAUCAAAAGUCGGGAACGGCACCGCAUUUUCAGCACUUGCAAAUCAAGAGUGCGAAUCAUGUCAUGCAAGAAAUUCCUCCAGAAACAGAAGAUCACUUCAAGUUGGGAUAUUUUGGAUUGGUGAAUCAUGGUUUGGAAGUCCAUUGCAUCGAUCUGAAUCCACAUUCGGGUAGUGCUGGAGGACAAUACGAGGAUACUUCCUUGGUGGAGAAGUAUAGAAUGUCUGAUGAGGAGUACAAUCAGCGCAAGGGAACUCUUCGUGAAUGGGGAGAAGAGCAAAGGGCCAAAAACCCCAACUUUAGCAUGGCCAAGCAUGCUAGGCUACAUCGAGAAAUGGUCGAUGCCAAGCGGGCGCUCAAACAAGGAUUGCCUCUACCCAAAGGAUUUUUCCUCGACACGAAUGGAAAGGUCUGUCGAGAUGACGAUGAUGAUGUCCAAGCCCCAGUUUCAAAAGCUGCUGACCCAUCCUUAGAGGAAGACGAAUUGUUGCACGGGGAAGAAACCGUUGCUGGGAAAGAAAUCGGUAUGCGGUGCCAAGUGCAACCUGGCAGUCGCCGUGGCUUGGUUUCCUAUGUUGGACCCAUCCCUGAGUUGGGUGCUGGACAAUGGCUGGGUGUCACCUUUGAUGAACCAGUCGGAAAUAAUGAUGGAAGAGUUCCAAAGGGAGACAACAAGCAAUACUUUGAAGCCAUGGACAAGCAUGGUGGAUUUGUACGAGGGAUCAAUGUUGAGGUUGGAGACUUUCCAGAACGAAAUUUGUUCGAUGACAGUGAUGAAGAUGAAUUGUAA